AAUCUCGAGAUUUGAGGGCUCCAAGUACGGCUGUUUGAUCAUAUUGGCGCUGUGUUUUGAUUGGUGAAUUGAAUGGUUUUCGGAUUAAUGCAUGACAACUGGAUGAUGACUAGGACAACCUAUAAUGAUGACUGAGACGUGUAGUAGAAUUGUGUAGGGUUCAGUUUUUCAACUGUUUGUUUACCAACUGUGACUUGGAUUGAUUACUUGUUUUUUACAGUCUUUUAUGCAUCUAGUUCAGGGAAUCAAAAUGAGAGAUAGAGCAUAUAGGUAGCCAUGUGAGAUUUGAGCCUGCUCGUUUCUUUCUUGUGUGAUAGUUCCCUCUUCCAUGAUGUGUAGCAUUCACGUUGUUAUUAGCUAAGAUGAUGGAGACAUAGGAUUAGCCAACUACCAAAUUGACUGUCCUGGUGUGUCAUACCCCCUAGUCAGCCCCUUUGAGCCGUGUGCUAUCUUUUCUUUUCGGUCUUCAAUGAAAGUCACUCUUUUGCAUCUUUUAGAAGGUUCCACAAAGUGUUUUUUACAUGUUCUCUGCUGUUUCUGCUAAAUGUAAUGUGAGAGUUGGAGGUAGUUCUUAAAAAUUUGGGCAGGUGUUUGAAAAUGUGCAAAGGUGGUGGUUCUCUUAAGAAAUGAAAAAAAAAAUUGAAAGAAAAACAAAGAAAAAAUGAAAGCAAAAGAGAGCCACCAUAAAAAAUCUUAAUAGUGCCUAUUAAGUAGUGUUUCUUAGCAGUCUGGCUUAGAAAUACUGGUAUUUAUGUGACCUCCUUCGCUCUUGUUCUCUGAAGAAUUUGAGUAAUGCAGAAUAUCUGAAAGAAAGUACUGGUUUGAUUGACUGUGAGUUUGUUGGGUUUGGAAUUGUGGAACCUUGUGCUAUGAAUACUUCCACCACCUAAAAGGCCUUUUCCCCAUGUCCAAGACCCUAGCCAGUCAUUUGAACCUGUGUCUAAGACCUCCUGAUUAGUUAGUGAUGACAACCAUUUAUGUGAACAAUAACCUUUAGAGGCUGCCGUCAUGGUGAAGAGAUGUUAGGAAUUGAGAGAAUUAAUAUGCGCAUUUUUUGAAUCAAAUUGUCCUGACCCCACUGGUCGAGAGUGAGCGAUUCAUUUCCUUGUUCUUUACACUCUUUACCCGGUGAGGACCUAGAUGGCUCAGUCUUGAUUCUGAUGUCUUGAGUUUUAUGCAUGAGUUGACUAUCUUGAGUGAGUGAUUGAGCCAAGUCUAGGUUGGUUGAUGAACAGUAGGGAGACUCCUCCUUUACUCGAUUUUGCUGAGCUCGAAUGUCUUCUGUGGUGGUUGUCCAGGUUGUUAUUGAGGUUGUUCAUGUGUUGAUGUUUGAAAGCCAAUAUGAUUCACGUGUUCUGUGCCUAUAUGAUUUGUCCCCAAUGUUGGUAUGAUUGAAAUAUGUGAGCUGACCUUGUGUCUGACUUUGUUUGCUUGGGGAUAAGCAAACGGUUAAGUGUGGGGGAGUUUGAUAAACCGUUAAUUGCACAUGUUUUUACUCCUUUUCUGGAGCUGUUUGAGGUGUGGAUUGGACGAAGAUCGGGCGCGAGGCAAGUCACAAAGGAAGCCACACGAGCACACUCACAACUCACACGGCUGUGCAAGUGACCAAGGAGGCCGUGUGGGAUUGUGCGAGCCUUCACACGGGCACAAGUAAAUUCCACACGGCCGUGUGAAGUUGCAGUUUGGCCGUGUGGAAUUCUGCGAGGCUUCACACGGCCAGGCUGGGUGAGCUACACGGCCGUGUGGCCUUGGCCGUGUGGGAAGCCUGAAACCCAAUUACUCGGAACGUGGCGUUUUGACCUCACACGGGCAACUGGGUAUGCCACACGGUCGCGUGACCUGCCCAUGUGAGUCGGGAAUUUCUGGUUUUACCCAAUUUCGGGCUGCAAGUGAGAGGAAUCGGAUUUUCAGAGCAAAAACAGAGCUCUAGAGAGAGAAAGUAUGAAGAACACAUCCUAGAAGCUAUCUUGGAGCUGGGUUUCAUCAAAUCGAGCUUGGAGAUCGUCAUAGGAGUGGAAAUCAUCAUCCCAGAGCAGAUUCUUCCCAUUGUUAUGAGAAUGACUGCUUUGUAUUCUGUUUUCCCCUCUCUCUAUCGAGUAGAAACCUUCUCUCACUUGGGUAUGAAGAACCCUAGUUCCAUGUGUUAGGGAUUUGAUUGUAAUGACUUGGGAUGAUUAUACUGUUUAGUUUUAAUCGAAUGAUGCAUGUUUAUUGAGUCAAUUGAAGUCUGAUCAGCUUUUCCUGAUUUCUGCUGCAACCUGAGAUAGAUAGAAUCUGAUUAGGUUGUUAGAGCUUCAUCAUUCGGUAGUAGGAGAUUGGCUAUACUAGAGUUAGCCAGUUUACUGCGUUGUACUGGAAUCCAAUUCCAGUAGUGGAGUUCUGUUCUUAUUGCUUCAGCUUUCUAUCCCGGUAAAGACUAGUCGUCUGCCGGGUAGUUAGACUGAGAGGGCUUGGUCAGCUUAAGAGAUUCCAAACUAUUGUCGGAUCUUCCGCAGUCUAAUCAACAGUAAAUCAACCAAGGGAAAAUACAAUUGAAACCUAACUAAGGAGCUAGGGGGACUCAUUCCCGAGUGACUCUUCUUUGCUUGAGAAAACCGUACCAAUUCCUGCUUUCUUUCUGCUUUUGCUUUAAACAACAAUCACUUAACUUAGUUGGCUAGAUAAUAGAGAAUCACGGAGUAAGCAGUAGAUCUAGACCCCGGGUUGAUAAUAGAACUUGCCAUUUUACUGCAUUCCUGGACUGCGAUUACACUUGGUCGCAGUUUGGUGUUGUGUUUUGGCGUGUCAAGUUUUUGGCGCCGUUCCCGGGGAACCUCUAGGUUAUUGGGGAAACCUGCAAAUCUGUUACUCUAGCUUUUUCUUUACUGCAUUUUAUCUCUUCCACCUGUGUGCCUUCACGGGUUGCUUCUGCUGAUUGUGUGCAGGUAGUGCAUGACCCGUAGCCAGUCGGGAGAUCUACUACCACUAGACCAGGAGCUUGAACGAACCUGCAGAAACUUCAAGCGGGCUCUAAAGGCGCGACUGGCUGUGGAGGAGGAGCUAGCACAGCUGCAGAUCGCUGAAGAAGAAGAGAUGGGGGAUCCACAAAACCAUGAUGUGGUCCUUCCCGAGGAGCAGACCAUGAGAUAUUACUGGACCGCCAGGGCUACAGACAUGAGGUCACCCAUUCAACACCCUCAUGUCCCAGCCAACAAUUUUGAGCUGAGCACCUCAGUAAUCACCAUGCUGCGCGGUUCAGUGAUGUUCCGUGGCAAAGAGGGGGAGUGCCCCCGAUCACAUCUCAGGCGAUUCCACGAUCUCAUUGAUGGAAUCAAGAUCAAUGGGGUCCCAGCAGAUGCCAUCCAGUUGAGGUACUUUCCAUUCACCCUGGAGGAGCAGGUCAAGGAGUGGCUAGACACUCGACCUCCGGGCUCCAUCACCAUGUUCGCCAACCUGGCGGACAAGUUUAUCACCCGCUACCAUUCUCCAUCCAAGACGGCGGACCUGCAGAAACAAAUUACCCAUUUUGCUCAGGAUGAGGAUGAGACCAUCAGGGAUGCUUGGGAGAGAUACACUAGUCUCUUCCUCAAGUGUCCCAACCAUGGUUUUACUGAUGCCUUCAAGGUGGGAACCUUCUAUCAUGCUCUCUUCUCGGAGGACAAGAAGCUGAUUGACUAGGUCUGUGGCGGGAAUAUGCUCACCAAAACGCCGCCACAGCUGAAUCAACUUUUUGAAGAGAU